GACUUUUAGUGGCUUAGGAGUUACCCUAAGCAGCUGCACAAAAUGGCCAACAGAGGAGGCAGGAGAGAUGUCCUGCAAACACUGGAUGACAGGGAAUUAUUGAGACGCUACAGAUUGGAUCGUGCAGGAAUCAUGUUUGUGGUGGAUCUCCUUAGAGAUGCAAUUACUUCACCAACUCGACGCCACAACGCUAUUACACCGGAGAAGAAAGUAAUCACAACCCUGAGGUAUUUGGCAACAGGGAAAAUGCAACAAUGCAGCAGUGAUGACUUGGGUCUGUCCCAAUCCUCCGUCAGCAGAGUCAUCACCCAAACACUGACAGCUUUGUCACAACCUAAUAUUGUGACACAAUUUGUUUCAUUCCCGCUGGAUGCCCGCACUUUACACACACAUAAAAGGGCAUUUAUGGACAUUGCAGGAUUCCCUGGCGUUGUGGGUGUAAUUGAUGGAACACAUGUGAGAAUAAUUGCGCCAUCAGAGGACGAGGCUGUCUUUGUUAACAGGAAGAAUUUCCACAGCAUCAAUGUGCAAAUAGUGUUCAAUGCGGCCUGGAAGAUUUUGGACAUUGUGGCUAAAUGGCCAGGCUCCACACAUGAUGCGAGAAUGCUCUCCGAGAGUGGCAUCAGACAGCUUUUUGAGAGACGCUAUGUGCCAGCUAAUUGCCACUUGUUAGGGGACAGUGGCUACCCAUGCAAACCAUGGCUCCUUACACCUUACCUCCAGCCACGCCAAGGGCCCCAACUAAACUAUAACAGGGCCCACAAGACAACAAGAGCGGUGGUGGAGCGUGGCAUAGGGCAGCUUAAGAGGCGCUUUCAUGUUCUCCACGGAGAGGUGCGGCUGAGGCCUGAAAAAGUCAGCAAAGUCAUCAUAGCCUGUGCAAUAUUACACAAUAUUUGCAAGGUUAGACAGAUUGCAGAACCUCUGGAGGAUGGCGAUGAGGAUGAGGAUGGAGACAACGAUGAGGAUGGUGGUGAAGAAGAUAUUCACAUUCCACAGGGGAACCUAGCCCAGAGUGGACUGCCUUACAGGGCAAACUUCACAAAUUUACAUUUCAGGCUAGCUGUAGCCCCAUGUCAUUUGAGAACUUGUGAUGGUAUUAAGAACUACCACAGUUUUACUGCACAUCACCUGCAAUUGUUAAAUGCAAGACACAGAACACAAUCUCUAAAUGGUUUAUUUUUUAGGUGUUCAAUUUUAAGGCGGUAGUACUC